AUGGAUGAUGAUCUAAGAAUAAAUGUAAAUAAAGAACAUGAACCUGGUGAGGUACUCUUGAUAAAGCACACUCAGGACGUGAACAUGCACGUGAAGGGGAGUACCAAUAUAAACAGACCACAAGACAAGAGUCAAAAAAAAAAAAAGAGAAAAAAGAAAAAAACGGAGCAUGAACAUGAAAAUGCAAGUGAGCACAAAAAUGGACCAAAAAAUGGACCAGAAAAUGGAUCAGAAAAUGGAUCAGAAAAUGGACCAAAAAAUAGACCAAAAAAUAGACCAAACAAUAGACCAAAAAAUGGACCCAAAAAUGAAAGCCAAAAUGAACAUGAAAAAAGACUUAACUACUCAAUCUCAUUCGAUUACACGAAAUACUACGAACGAGUAAACAAAUGGAAGGAGAAAAGACGAGCAUACACAAAGACUGGAAAUAAUGCAGAAAAAAUAAAUGGCAUCAUAAAGGCAUGCAAGGAAAAAGAGUGUGAACAUGAAAAAAAAAAAAAUACAAAAAGGAAGUAUGAUAUAUCUGGUUGUCAAUCAAACCAUCAAAGAAAAAACAAUAAAACUGAAAAUAAUGUAAAUAGGAUAAAUAAAUUCAAGAAAGAAAACUCUACAUUCUUCAAACUGGAAAGUGACACGAGGAAUUGUAACCAAAGUGACAACAGUGGAAGUAGUAGCAGAAUAAGUAGAAAUUGUACCAAAUGUCAUAAAAUAUGCAAGUGGCAAAAAAAUCCAGACAAGGUAGAAGAAGAUGAUAAAAAAAGGGCAUUGUUCUGUGGAUGUAACAUUAAUUAUAAAGAAUUGGAUACAAAUUUAGGUAGAAAUAUAAAUGUUAAGAAACUAACAAAUGAAUGUAGAAAUGAAAAAAACAAACAAGAAGAAUAUCAUAAUUGUAAAUGCGUUAUGGUGAAGAACAACGAGGAAUCUUUCUCUUCCUCUUUUCACCACAGUGAAGAAGAUAUAGAUUCUAAACAGGAUGAAAAAGACAAAUUAACUAAUAUGCAUGAUAAUGCAAAAUCGAAUGAAACAGUAAUACAAAGUGAAGAACAAAUAAUAUAUUCACAUGACCAACAACUAGUAUAUUCAAAUGAAACCAUAAUAGACCAAUUAGACAAUGCAGUAAACCUGAACCUACAGAUUUCCAACUUGAGAAAUGUUAACCUAGAUCAAUUAGAAAGAAACAGUUGCAACGGGAAACACAUGAACUGUGGAAAAAAUCAAACGAUUCUUAUUAAAUCAAACAAGCCAAAUUUAAACACUCCUAAUCAUUGUUUAGCAAAAUUGAACUCUAGCAAUAUUCUCAGAACUCAAAUGAAGGAGAUAUUCCAUCCGAAUUAUAGCAAGACAGAACAAGAAAAAGGAACUAAAAAGAGAACCCCUAAAACUAGUAUAUAUAACGAAAGGUCGCAACUUUUGAAGAAUAAUAUCUUGGAAAAUAUUGGCGAAAUGGAUGAUAUCACCAGUUCAAAUUUGAAAAAAAAUAACAAAUUUUACUCGAAAAUAGAAGGAAAUUGUUCUUUCCAUUCGAAAGGAUACCACAAUGGGCUCGCGAAUUAUUGUCAUCCAAGUGACUUGUCCAAGGACAGCUUCUGCAACCACUUCUGUAUCGGCUUCCAUAAGCACCACUAUAACUGGCCGUGUAACUCAUCCGUUCUGAACAUCAAAAACCCUUUCGCUUACAUCUACAAAAGUGCCAAAUUUUUUGGAAACGCUGAAGAGGAAUGCAGAAAAGAGAAAAAUGAAAAAAAGUUGCUACGAACGAUUAGUGGACUAUGUGUAAAUGAAAUGAAAAAAACAAAUAUAUAUGAACAUGAAAGAAACAUAACAGAAGACACCACAUCCACAUUAACUGUCAAAAAAAAUGACCUUUUGUUUAGUUUUGAGGGGAACCAUUUUAACUCUUUAGAUAAUUUUUCACUACUCAAAAACAGGGAAAUAGGAGAGAAAGAAAGUGAAAGAAAAUAUAACACAGGUUUGGAAAAGUACACACGGAGAAGAGAAGAAAUAGAUGAUAACUUUGAGAAUCAAUUCAGAGUAAAAUUGCCCAAUGAGAUGAGGUUAAAUAUGUUAAGUGACUUUUCCAAAUGGUGCGAUGCACACGAAACACUCAGAUGUGAUAUCCCUCAGAAUGAUGAUAUUCAAGAUAGAAGCCUACAUCCCACGAAAAAUGGGAUCAUCCAAAAAAAAAAAACGCUAGCUGAAGAUGGAGAAAUGAAUACCUUGAAUAUGUGCCGAAGAGUUGAAUUCGAAAAAGAAGUAAAAAGUUUGAACUAUCACAAGAAAUUAAUAGAUAUAGGAGAAAAAGACAUAGAGAAUAAUUUUGAUUUAUUUUUAUCUCUUUUUAUGAAGUAUGAACAAAGAGAACCAUAUCUUUUCUGUCUAUUAUGUGAUGAAGAACUAACAAAAAAUUCCUUUUUUUUUCAAAAUUGCAUAAAACCAAUUUUUGAUGAUUAUAGAAAGUCUAAAUUUGAAAAAUUGAAAAAAGAAAAAUAUAAAAAUAAUUUCCCCUGUACAAAUAUGAACGACAUACAUAUAAAUAAAAUAAUUAUUGAAAUUAUGACACCUUCUAUAAAAAAAAAGUACCUGAAAUAUGUAAGUGAAUUGUACGAUAAAAAGGAAUACAUGUUUAAUGAUAUUAGCGAUUCACACGAGUUACAAAAAGAAGUAUUCGAAAUUAACAAUAAAAUAGAAAAUUUGAAUAUUAAGUCACUAGAUAAACACAGAAACGAAUUGUCCAUAAAAUCAAAUAGUCAUUAUGAAAAAAAAAUAAAAUUAAUUGAAAAACCAAAAUGGAGUGAUGAAAAAAACUUAAAAAAACUACUACAAAAGCAACAAAAUUAUAAUCCUUUUACCAUUUUUGGAACAAGUAUAAAAGAAGUGAAUCUAGAAGAAGUUUUCACCCUAGAUGUAUACAAUAACUAUGUAACCAAUGAAGACCGAUUUCGAAAUAAAAUUUUGUACGAUCUAUAUGUAGGAAAGUAUAUACAAAAUUUGUACAACAAGAUAGACAACCGUGAAUGGAACCUUGUUCUAGAUUCUCUCAAAAAACAUUGGAAAUAUUUUACAAAUCUGGAAUGUAAUAUGUUCUUAGAUCCAUUAUUAUUAGAAGAAAUUUUAUGGUAUAUAGAUGAUAAUAAAAUGUAUAAGGAUAAAAGUGAAAUCAUGUAUACGUAUGAAAAUUGCUUCUGCCCUACUCCAGAUCCUGGAAAAGAAAUAAAUUUAAAUGACGAAAAACAUUUUGCCAAAUCGAUGGGAGAGAGGUAUACUUCUCACCACAGUAUAAAGCAUAAAAACUUGUCUUUAAACGAAGAAAAUGUAUACCCUCACAACACUUUAAUUUUAAAAUAUGAUGAUAUUAGUGUAGAAAAAAAUGCAUUAACUUGUACUCUCAGAGAUAAGGAAAUGUUGACAAAAGAAGAUCUACUUUUUAAUAUACCAAGACCAUCUAGUGCUUUCUAUUAUGACUCCGACUUUUUCGAAAAUAAAAUAAAAAAAAACAUGUUUAGAAAAAAGGUGAAACGUCGAAAGGACACUAUUGACGAAGAUGUGGUAACCUCAAACGUCGAACCAUACGUUAUAAAAUAUAAAUCCAAAAAAUGGACAUCUCAAAAAUUUUUCGAUAAUUUUUUUUCCAAUUACUACCUCUACAAUUUCGGUAGAAGUAAUCGUAUGUAUAAUUCCAUAAUUUAG